UCUGCUAAUACUGCUCUCAUGACUGAUUAUAUUCUAAACUCUAUAAAAUUUAAUUUGAUCCUUAAUGAAAAAGUAAGCUUCAACCUGCCUGGUGGGGAAGUAGGAAGCCAUGGAUGCAAAUAAUGAUGUUCUUAACGAUGGUUCAGGGAGAAUGGCGGCGUGUUUCAGACACACUUCAAGUAAUGUUCAUUCUGUAAUUCUCCCUCCCCAGAAACUUGAAUUUGGCUUUGAUAAUCAAGAGUGGGUUCAGAGAGAAGUUGAUGAGGUCUGUAGUAUGGCAGAUGAUUUGUUCGGUGAGGUGUCCAAAGCUCUUAUUGGGGCUUUGGAGAACAUCACUGUCAACAAUGGAGUAGAAGCACAAGAUUCAUGCCAUCACCAGAUUGCUGAACUGGAAGGAAUACUGAAAGAGGAGAGAAUGGGAUUUGAGGUAGUUUUGUUUGAGGAAAUGCUAGGAAAAAUGCUCCAUGGAGAAGAUAAAAAUGGCCAGCAGGCUGAAAUCCACAAUAUUCUUGAAAUCAAUCAUCUAAGAAGGCAAUUAGUCCUGCAUGCUCACUCCUGGGAGCAACGUUUGCUACACAUUGCCAGUUCUUAUGACACACCCUCCCAGGCUGCAAGCUCAAGUCAUGGGGAGAGUUAUAGAGUUUUCCAUUCUUCUACCUCAACCGUCAACAAUGAAAGCGAUCGAGAACCCGGGAAAAACCUGCCCGACGCUCUAGAUGCAGCCUGGACAGGCAAAAGCCAGGCUGCAUCUUCUAAGAAGAGCUCUGCAAUUCUGGACUCACUCUUACAUCAAGAUGAGCCAAGUAGUAUUAUAUCAUAUGCUCUUCUCUCACCAGAUUACCAUGCUCAAAUCUCCAAUGAAUCUGAGAAAGUAACCCCGGAAUCUUCAGGUUCUGAAUCAUCCAGUUUCUCGGAUCCAUCAUUUUACAGUACUAAUGUUCUGCAUCCCUGCAUUUCCUUCUCAGAACCUGGCCCUGAGGGGAAAGUGGAGUAUAGAGUUACUUGCUAUUAUGCAAGGCAAUUUGAGGCCUUAAAGAAAGCCUGCUGCAUCUCUGAGUUAGAUUUUAUUCAUUCUCUCAGCCGAUCCACCAAAUGUAACAGCAUCUCCCACGCAAAAACUUUGGACAAUCGCCUUAUCGUUAAGGUGGUGGGUAAGAAGGAGUUAGAGUCAUUCAUCAUGUUUGCACCAUCUUAUUUCAAGUAUUUGUCUGAUUCAAUAGCUAGCAGUACCCCAACUUGUCUUGCAAAAAUCUUUGGCAUCUAUGAGAUCACAUCAAAGAAUCUUAAAGAUGGGAAAGAAUCGAAAACGAAAGUUUUGGUGAUGGAAAAUCUCAUGCUUGGGCAUAACAUCACCAGAAUGUAUGACCUCAAAGGAUCUUCUGAGCCGCGGCAUAAUCAAGAUCCAAGCGAAAACAACAAAGUUCUGUUUGAUCAAAACUUGGUUGAAGAAAUGCCAACAAAUCCAAUAUAUGUAGGAAGCAAAGCAAAGAGGCUCCUGGAGAAGGCUGUAUGGAAUGAUACUGCAUUUCUUGCUUCAGUAAAUGUAAUGGAAUAUUCGUUACUCGUCGGUUUGGAUGACGAAAAACAUGAAUUGGUGGUUGGAGUGAUCGAUUAUAGGAGACAAUACACAUGGGACAAGCAACUCGAAACGUGGGUGAAGACAGCGUUGGGCGUCGUCCUUGGUGGUACCAUGAAUGCAUCAUCUCCUACUGUCAUUUCUCCAACCCAGUACAAGAAGAGAUUCAGGAAAGCAAUGUCUGGUUAUUUCAUUAUGGUGCCAGAUGAGGAACUUCAAUGUGAACAUUUAGCAUAAAUCACAUGGACAUUAGUUUGUGUUAUACACUUGGUAUGUAAAAAUUAGCUUAUUUGACACAUGAACUUUGGCAUGUAUCAACGUGAUGUGAACAUUAUAUAGUUUGCCAAUAUGAACAUUCAGACUGUUUAGUA